GGCCGAGUGAGCCGCACUGUUCUAAUUGCCAAGUGGAACGCGCGCCUUCGGCGGGGGUGGCGCUGCGGAAUGAAGGAGCUGCAGCGGGGGCGGAAGCGGCGGUGGGCGGAGGAGCUCCACGUAAGCCAGGUCGUAAGUUUGGAGCCAAGUGCGAACUGUCGCCCGCCUCCUUUGGAGUCGCAUGCUGGGCGGUGAGGGUCGACUGUUGCGUGGAGUGCAUCGUCCUGAAGAACGAAUGGUGCGAAACGGACGCGCGGGAACGCGGACGUGGCCUCGAGUCAACGGCCUGCAGGAGUGGCCUCCACCUUCGCUUCUUUUUCUAGAACGAGGCUAUUCUCUAACGCAGUAGUAUUUUCCAUAAGCACCGGUUUUUCUUCCCUGUUCGUAAACUGUUAGUAAUUAUGAUCCGUUGGAAUCAUCAUAUCCUUAGCACAUUUGGGGAUAUUCGUAUUCUGAAUU